UUUGUCCACUUCGGCGUCUGAGACAAAACAAGAAAGAGAUACAAAAUUGAGCAGAAAAUCCAAGGUUCAUUCGCCUCUCCGACUAUCGGUUCCCUCGUUGUUUUGAUAGCAAGCAAGAUUUCAUCUUUUCUGCAAAUUUAAGCUAUUGGGUUUUCAAUAUUAUCAAAUAGCGCCUUAAAGUGAAUUUGAAUUGAUUUCAUAUGUUUUCUGUGGCAGACUCUAUGUUGUUGUUGUUUUUGAGAACGAAGAGAAAUCAUAGUAAAUAGCAUUCUAGGGCAUUCAAAAUUUGAACUUUGUUCGUCUGAACCCAUAGCUCAUACUGUGUAAGUGGUGAUUAGUAAAUGGCAACUUGGAUUUAUGUGAAAACCCAAAGAAAUGGGUACUUGAGUUUAUGUGAUCCAAUGUUUCAUUUUCAUCUUGUGCGAAGGUUUUCUCUCUGGUCAAUGAAGAAAGAUCCAGAUCUUGAAGCUGCAUUACAUAGAAAUCGUAGAUGGGUAGUUAAUAAUCAGAUUAAGAACAUUAUUAUGAGAUGUCCUGACCAGGUUGCAUCAGUAAAGUAUCUGCAGAAGAAGUUCAAGACUCUUGAUCUUCAAGGCAAAGCUUUAAAUUGGCUUAAAAAGUACCCUUGUUGCUUUGAAGUCUACCUUGAGAAUGAUGAGUAUUAUUGUGGGAUGACUAAAAGAAUGAUAUUUUUGACUCAAGAGGAAGAGUCUGUAAAGGAUAUGCAAGAACCGUUAUACGCAGACCGAUUAGCUAAGUUGUUGAUGAUGACCCGUGAUCAAAGGUUGAAUGUUAUGAAACUUAAUGAACUGAGGAGAAAUUUUGGAUUUCCUGAUGAUUAUUUGCUCAGAAUUGUACCCAAGUACCCUCAAAUAUUUAGAGUUGUUAACCACACUGGGAGACGGAGUUCGAUGGAGAUAGAGCUCACAGCCUGGAAUCCUGAUUUAGCUAUUUCUGCAAUCGAAACAACGGCUAAAAAGGAUGGUCGAGAGCCAUGCUUUCCGUGCUCGUUGCCUCCAACUUGGGUCAAAUCAUUGGAAAGGUUUGAAGAUUUUAAUUCUACUUUAUAUGUUUCACCUUAUUCAGGAUUUGAUGGUUUAGUGGAGGGUUCAAAGGAAAUGGACAAGAGAACAGUGGGGUUGGUGCAUGAAUUGUUGUCAUUGACCUUGUGGAAAAAAGCAUCAAUUUUCAAAUUGGGCCAUUUUAGAAGAGAAUUAUGUCUACCAGAGAAAUUAAAUGUUUUUCUGCUCAAACAUCCUGGAAUAUUCUAUGUUUCUAACAGAUACCAGAUCUAUACAGUUCUCCUGAGGGAAGCAUAUAAUGGGACUGAACUGAUCGAAAAGGAUCCUCUUCUUGUUGUCAAGGAGAAGUUUGGUGAAUUGAUGCAGGAGGGACUCCAUGAAUAUAAUCGCAGACAUUAUCUAUUAAAUUUAGAAAAGAAGAGGAACAGAGGCAUGAUAAUGCAAAAGCCAGAGAAAAGGAGGAACCAAAGCGACGAAACAUCAGAACAAGAUAAGGAGGGAGGAGAUCUAGGUGGCAUAUUUGAUCCAGAAGAGAGAAAGCGGUUUUACAAAGUUCUGUUUGAUGACAAUGCUCCAUAAGGAACGGAAAAUGUAAACAUAUCCAUAUUAACAUCAGUUUAUUUCUCUGAUCUUCUUGUGCCUCUCCCAGUUGCCCUACCAAGAAAAGCUUAGAAGAUGAGUUAAAGAAUCAGUUAGGAUCAGCUCCUUUCUUUCUCUCCUUAUAUAUUUGUUUUCAGUUAUGAUCAGAUUGUUCAAAGACUAAGAGUUUGGCUGUGGCUUCAUUCACUAAUUAUAGCUUUAACAUCGUGAAGACAGAGUUUUCCUUUAGUGGGAAGAGAGGGAAGACUACAUACUAUGCUCCCAUUUGUAGGCGGGGUGACUCCAAGAUAUCUGAAGGAUGAUGGAAUUAUACUUGUGUGUGCCAUAUCUAUUUUUCCUCUGCUUUCUAGGACCUAUUUGCAUCUCCUGUCUUACUUUGCACUCUCUAUUGGUUGGGAAAGGGGGAAAUAAACUAAUUUCACUGUGCCAAAUUGUUUUGAUACUUGUCAAGAAACCAUCCUUUCAGUCCCAAAUUCAAGUUUUCCUCAACUCCUGUUUCAAUUUAAACACAAGUCAAGAACCCCACUUCAAUUUUUCUGAAACCUACCACUAGGGACUCCCAAUAAGUUCAUGUGUUGUUUAAGAAUCUCUCUGCGGUUGAAAGAGCACUUAUGUGGCAUUGCUGGUGCAUUCACAUAUGGGUGUCUCCACCCACUUGACACUAUCAAAACUAAGCCGCAAACUAAGGGGUGUCUGAGAUUUACAGUGGAACAAUUGAUGUCAUUGUCAAAACUUUUCAAAGCAAAGGGUUUCUUGGAUUUCACAGUGGUGUUUCUGCUGUAAUUGUUGGGUCCACUUCUUCCUCUGCUGUGUAUUUUGGGACUUGUCCAAAUUUCCUCUAUACUCUUCUGUGCUCAUUCCACCCAAAGCUGGUGCAAAGGGAGUAUAGUGUCAUCUGCUAUAAUGGUGCUGAAGGAAUUGAUUACCCAUAGGAUUCAGUCUGGGGCUAAAGGGAGGUCUUGGCAGGUAUUGAUGAGAAUUUUGGAUAAAGAUGGAAUCUUGAGAUUGUAUGCUGGAUAUAGUGCUACAUUGUUGAGGAAUUUCUCUGCUGGGGCCUUGAGUUAUUCAUUGUUUGAUUACUUGAAGGCGAAAGACAAAAAGGGAGCGUGUGGAGCCAUUUCAGAGUGUUUGUUGUGGGGCACUGGCUGGUGCAAUAUCAGCUUCAUUAGCAAUGCUUUUAGAUGUGGUGAAGACUUGGUUGAUGACUCAAUUUGAUUCUGAACCUGCCAAUAAGGUUGACGUUUCUAUGGUUACUGGCAUCUUGGCUACUGUUAGACAGAUACUGAAAGGAGAAAGGUGAACUGGUUUUUCAAUGGGAAUGGGUCCUACAGCAUUUCAUAGUGCUUGUUUUUCAGCUCUGGGGUACUUUGCAUUGAAACAGCUAGGUGUACAAUUCUGGAUCAGUAUCUGAAGCAUAAGGAGCUAGAGACUUUGGUUCCCGCAGAAGCGCAGAUGCAUCCCAGGUCAAUUUGAGUGUACGAGUGUGGUUCUUAAAUUCAGUUAUUAAACUUUUGAUGCAUUGGUAGUAGCAGCAAGCCCUGUUCGAGAUUUCUCCUCAUCAAUCCUCACCCUGCAAGAUAAUUUAUUUUAUCUUGGCGCUGUUGCCAUUACAGACUCUCCACGACUCGUACUUACAUCACAUUGGAAUUGCAGAAAAUGCAUGCUGCUUUCUUUGCAAUGCCAACAAUAAGACGAUUAGCCAAGUUCUAAUCGAUUGGACAAAAGUCAUGGCUCGAUCUUGCAAUGUCCUAGCUACUACCAUCUAAUGGUACUAACGCUAGCUUGGGGGGGAGUUGCAGGUUUUAAUAAACUUUCUUGGUAAAAUUUGAUAUGAAGUCACAGGAUUCAUAGUAAAUAAAUAGCAAAAAGCAUUAACAGUUAAACUUUUGAACCUUUAAGCAUUUUUAGAUUGUAAACUUUCUUUCAGAUUACUAGUUAAUAUUAUUAA